AUGACGCACCAGUUCCCUUCACUCUCCGAGGCGCAGAAGAGGGAACUACAUGAGACUGCUCUACGCAUAGUUUCUCCAGGGAAGGGCAUCCUGGCUGCAGAUGAGUCUGUGGGCAGCAUGGCUAAGCGGCUGGCCCAGGUGGGAGUGGAGAACACAGAGGAGAACCGUAGACAGUACCGGCAGAUUCUCUUCAGUGCAGACGACCGCGUCAAUGGCUGCAUUGGAGGGGUCAUCUUCUUUCAUGAGACGCUGUACCAGCACUCUGAUAACGGUGUACCCUUUGUCAAAAUGAUUAGGGACAGGGGUAUUCUGGUCGGCAUCAAGGUUGACAAGGGUGUUGUCCCUCUGGCAGGAACCAGUGGAGAAACCACCACACAGGGUCUAGACGGACUGUCAGAGCGCUGUGCGCAGUAUAAAAAGGACGGAGCCGUCUUUGCAAAGUGGCGCUGUGUGCUCAAAAUCAGUGACAGCAAUCCAUCUAAACUGGCUAUCACAGAAAAUGCAAAUGUUCUUGCACGCUACUCCAGUAUCUGCCAGCAGCACGGCAUCGUGCCCAUCAUAGAGCCAGAGAUUUUGCCUGAUGGAGAUCAUGACCUAAAACGCAGCCAGUAUGUCACUGAGAAGGUCCUGGCCGCAGUGUACAAGGCCAUGUCGGACCACCAUGUGUACCUGGAAGGGACUCUCCUCAAACCCAACAUGGUCACUGCUGGUCAUAGCUGCCCCACCAAGUACAGCCCGGAGGAGGUUUCCAUGGCAACUCUGACCGCCUUGCGCCGCACUGUUCCCCCAGCGGUCACUGGAGUGGCUUUUCUCUCAGGUGGUCAGAGUGAAGAGGAGGCCUCUGUCCACCUGAAUGCCAUUAACAACUGCCCUCUGCCCAAACCCUGGGUCCUAACAUUCUCCUUUGGCCGAGCCCUGCAGGCGUCUGCGCUCAGAGCCUGGAGAGGACAUAAAGAGAACGAGAAAGUUGCCACCGAGCAGUUCAUCAAGAGAGCAGAGGCAUGUCCAACUUUAUUUUCUACAGAUAAACCGUAUGAUCUUAUCCUUCACUUUACCACUAACCGGUUUUUGUUCGCUUGUUUAAUGUCUUCUCUGUCCACAGGCGAACAGUCUGGCAUGUCAGGGGAAGUACACUGGGGGUGAUAACUAUGGCGAGGCUGGCCAGCGCAGCUAUGGGUCCUGUCAUGCAUACUGAGCAG